AUGGCUUACAUAAACGUCGCAGAAUGGAGCCCCGAUAUGGUCACGGAUUGGUUGAAAGGUUUGGACAACUCGAUGUACCAUUAUGUGCAAUCUUUCAUCAACAACGAAGUAGGCGGAAAGCAGCUACUAAACAUACGCCCGUACGAACUCGAACAGCUCGGCAUGCACGUUAUCGGCCACCAAGAAAUCGUCCUGGAAGCUGUUGAAAACUUGAAGAAUUUCAACUACAACCUGGAUAAGGAGAACCUACAGUUUCUCGCACUGCAUGUGGCGACCGCUGCCCACUCGCUGACGAAGCAGCUCGAGUUCUCCGACCAAGAGAAGCUCGAGACGUCCGUACUCAAGGAUAUUACGCGGAUGAUUACGCGCUUGAAGGCGCUUAUAGAGUGGCUGGAUAGGGCACCGUUUAGGGGUCAAAAGAAAUUUGAUGAGCUGAGAAAGCAGUGCAUGCGAUUCGGGCUGGAGGUGGCCACCGUAGCUAUGCGUGAUAGGUUUUCCCUAAUGCCCGUACAAGCGAUACGGCAAAACUCGAAAAAGCUCGAAAACAUAGCUGAGUACAUAAUCAAGGACAUCACCGAUCCGAUCAUCCUGCAGCCAGCCUCACUGGAUUUGGUAACACUGAAGAAGCGUGAGUCAGACCUCGGCUUUCUUAUUAUGCAAAGCUUCCACGGAGUGCACCGAAUAACCGAAAUAAAAUUCAACUCACCCGCCCACAACUCCGGCAAGGUCGAGGAAGGCGAUGAAAUAGUGCAAAUCAACUACCAAGCCGUAGUUGGAUGGGAAUACAAAAAGGUCCUGCUGCAGCUUCAGGAAUCACCGCCAGAUGUGCUCUUGACGCUCAAGAAGCGACCGAAGCACAUGAAAAUCUAUGGCCAAAUCUACAUCAAACCGUACCGCUUGCCGAGCAAAAAGCGAUCGCUUCCGUACCGCUGGGAUGAAGCUUAUCCUAGCCCGCGGGCGACGGACAACUUUGCCCUGCAGGACUUCUCGUUGCCGCUCGAUCGCGUCCCGGAAAAGCACGUUCCCUCCGACACCGAAUCCGACGGCAGCGACAUUUUAACGCCAACGGAUGUGAAGGAGGCGGAUAAGGAGAUGCGCCUUUAUCUACCCAAACCGAGGGCGGUCCUGCAACGGCGGCACACGCUCUCUAGCUUUAAGGAUUUGGUCGGGGUAGCCUCGUGGCAGGAGCGAAAAGGGAAACCGCUGAUUUCGAACGAUUUGCAGAGCUUACGCGACAAGUCAGUAUCGUUCGGGUUUGGGUUAGAGAUGUCGCCUCGACCAACCACUACUUGUCUCGGGUUAGGUGCCGGUAGUGCUGUGGAAGGUCCAGGUAAUGCAGGCGGAGUGCCGGUUAAGGGGAGUAGAUUCGGUGGACCGUUGAAAAGCUCCCUUCCCGAUAUCAUUCCAUGUGAGCCAGAAAUUGUACCAGCACCUCCUAACGAUCGGUCCAUUGCCGGAAUCAAAUCAGCGGAUAGCGAGUCGUACAAGGCUGGUGUAUCGAAGGUGGUUCGCUUUGAGUCGAGCUCCAAAGCCGACCAGUGCCAUGUGGACACCAAGUACACCUGUCAGGUGGAGAGCACAGUAUUGGAAACGUUUGAACCGAUACCGUACGUAGAUGAAGAUCUUCCAACCGUCGCUUGUCCGCCGACCGUUACCGAACGUGUGCGUCGGUUCGAAUCUUUUGCUAGUCGGACGACUGCAGCGACCGGUCUUAGCAAUGGACAGCAUGCGGGAGGACAAUCGGCAACUUCUUCCAUCACCCUUAAGCCUAUUCCGAUGCAACGGCAGCUAUCGAAGGAUCCGGAACUGACCGAAGCAAUCAACACGGUGGUCGUAAACCGUGAAAUGGUGAAACGUGGUCGAUUAGAUAAAAGCUACAGCACGCCCGCGUACGAUGACGAACUGAGUGAUAUUCCGCCUGCAAUCGAGCCACGUAAAGAGCAUCUCCUAAAGGCACCACCCGUGCCUCCACCACGACCAAAACGAACGCACGAAACGCUCACUGUUGCCUUGCCAGAAAAGCCAUCUUCCACUUCAUCAUCGGGACUGGUAGUGCCAUCCCCCUCGGUGUUACCGAUCGUUUCGCCGUUUCACGAAAACGCGGCCAUUUUCGUCUCGUCACUAAGCAACACCCUGGAUAUCCGUGAGGAUAGCCCAAAUAAAUCCAAACUCGCAAAUGUUAUCGAUUUGAAGCAAAAUCGAACCCAACCACUUCCUCCUACGAUUGUCCCCGGUACGGUGACGCCACCAAAACCAGCCGAACGUACGGCGAUUCCACCGAUUCCGGCCUCGAGGUCUGCAAAUCUGCCUGCUAAAUCAAUGCAGACCUCCGAACCUUCGACGCUGGCCACUGUACCAAGCAUUCCGAUCGAUUCGAGCUCGGAACUACUGACACCAAACAAAACCAAGAGCCUUACGUUGAAGAAGAAAAAUUCGCUUCUUUCCAAGCGCCGCAACGUGUCUCUGAAAACGCUCUGUGUCAGUGACAUUCAGGGACACCUGUAUCGACGCACCAAGGGUCGCAGCGGGAUGUCCUACUGGGCAAAAUACUACUUCGUGCUGAUCGAAACCACUCUGUACGGGUUCCGCAGCAAAGAAGCACCCAAGGCGAACAGCAUGAUCUUUCUGUCCGGCUUCACGAUCUCCAUCGCGAAAGAAGUCCACUCACGGCCUCACGCCUUCAAGGUGUACCAUCCGCACAAGACGUUCUACUUCGCAGCUGAAACGCAGGAAGCUCUUAUCCAGUGGAUGGAGUACAUCAAACAAGCUACGCUUAAGGGUGCCUCAAUUGCAGGAGGAAACGGUGCCGGCUCGGCAACCGGCUCCGAGCACCAUAACGUUAGGGAGCUGUUUUCCGAAACGGACAGUUCCGACGACGAGCUGGGACUGAUGGACAGUACCACCAAGCUGAACAUGUUGUGCACACCUUCACCACAGAUGUCUGGUGGAGGAGGCUCCCACACCGUGGCGAAUUCAGACGGGACGCCCACGUCGUGGAAGCAAGAUCGGUACCAUCUGAACUUUGGAUCGUUGAAAAAGUUCACCAAAAUUGGAUCGGACGCGAGCAGCAGCACCGCAAGUGGAAGCGGAACCGUGGGAAAUGGUGGAAACUCUGGCAGCGGUGGAAGUACUGGAGAGAGUAGCAAAUUCUUUGGAUUUUUCUCGUCCCAUCGGAACGUCGAGAAAAGCAAUUCGAGCGAAAUGCCCGUUCCGACGUCGCAGUUCAAGAGCUAUCGCAAGGUACCGGGUGCGGGUGGAUUGCAGAUCGGUACGGCAUCUGCUUCAACGGAAGUGUUUCCGCUUCCUUCCACUGCCACCCAACCGAUCCUCGCUAGUAGCGGAUCGCCGAUGGCCAAUGCGGCGGAUGGAGGAAAUUUCAGUGCUAGCAACCUUUCGCUUGCUUCUGCACUCGGAAGUCGCGAUGGUGACAAAACGGUGACUUCCACCGGAGCACCACAACCUCCGCCGAGAACCAGCACACCUACACCCCCGCUUCCCGCUCCACCCGUGAUCAUUCGCGAACCGGUGACACCAACGAUGAGUGAGGCGGUGGUACUGUUGGACCGGGCGAGAAAAACGAAACGCAUCUCUCCGCAUAACUACAUCCACGCGUCCAAUCCGAACCUGGUGGAGUUCGAUUUUCAAACGUCGAAAGCGAUGGAUUUCUCGGUGCCAAAGAUCCACUCCGCGAACACGUGGGACACGAGCACGCACUCGCACAGCAAUCUGCAGUCGAUGAUCACGCUGAAGGACCUGAUGCUGCAGAAGCAAGCCGAGGAAGCGCAGGAAAUGUACAAUAAGCGCGUUUGCCUCGGUGUGGAGAAGCUGGAGGUUGGUGGUGAUCAGGUACCGCAAGUGAUCAUUCUUCCUAUCGUACCGGAAGCGGUGAACAAAAUUCAAAGACGUCAGCUUCCAAUAACACCAGACUACGCACAGAGCUUCAAGCUGGACGAUGAGGACAUUCUAUACACGCGUAGCAAGGAAGGCCAAAAGUUGCGCGAUUUCGGUUACGAAAUGAUUUCCGGCGACGAUGCGUUUGACCAACGAAACAAACCCAUUCGUUCGACGCUCGGUUUGAGCAUUUCCGCGAGUGGCAUGUCCGGAAUUAGCUCAAACAACGCAAGUGCGACCGGUACGAACUCAAACGGAGCUGGCAGUAGUAGUGGCGGUGGAUCGAUCAAAAAGAAAACGUUCAAUUGGAUAAACUCGGAUCGCAAAGCGCCAGAUCCAAACGAGAUCAACCUCCUUACUAUCGGUUCAGUAUCUAGUGGCUCUAUAACGUUUACCGGGCCGAUGGCCGGGCCAGAGCAGAGCCAUCGAACGGGAGGUAUGUCAACGUCUCUGUCUCUGCGGGACAGCUUUAAACGCAGCAAAAAUAAAGCCGUCAUUGCUAGACUGGAUAACAUUAAGGCCAGCAGCGAAAAGCUGUUUCAGUUCAAGCAGUCGAGCUUGGCUGGUGGCGCAACAAGCAGCAAUAAUAACGAUAAGGAAUCGCUCAAGAUGAAGCAGCUAGACAAACCGGCAGCGCCGGGAGGUGGGAUAGUGAACGUAAACCUAAAACAUCAACUACCGCCGCCACAACAGCACGCGUUCGCGAACAUCGUCGGUGGAUUGGGUGGGAAGAAAAACAACAAUGAGCUGAAUGCGGUCCUGGAGCAACAUUCGGCGUUGCUAUUUCACCAAACGAGCGGUGCCGGUGGUGGUGGUGGGCCAUCGGCAUCCGGUGGUGGAUUCAUCGGUGGUAUCAAAAAGUCUAACACGUGCAACAGCUCGUCGGAUUUUAAGGAAAACUCGAGCAAGCUACACAACAUGCGUAAAAACUCGGCCCCGGAACGAGGCACCGUUGGUGUGAGUAACGCCAGUGGUGUUGGAUCCGGUGGAAGCGGAAGCAAUGCCAACGGCGCCACGUCCUACUUUACUAAGUUGAGCUUCGGUUCGACGAAAACGGCCAAGGAGAAGAAGUUGCUCGGCUCGCCAGGAUUACAUCGUGCUAUCUUUGGGAAAAAUCAUCAUCAUCACGCGAACGAUUCGCAGCCAACUGUGAUCGAUCAUGAGGUGUUUUCGCCGAUUUCUUAUACAAAAGUAAGUACCCAUGAUCCUGUAGCACAAUCCGAUAGUGCACCAUCAAUGUCAACCAGCGCUGGAACGACAGGAAGUACUGGACAGUCAGCUGCAACUAAUAGCACACCUAACAUCGUACUUUUGUCAUCUUAUGCUCCAAAUUUGGCUGGUAUUUCACGCAACUCACCGGACUACCCAAACAUGGAGUAUCCUCCGGUGUUUGAGCCGGAAACGUACUCAUUAAGCGAUCCAAGCACAAGCCUGACGUUACUGAAGCGACGUCAAAACCAUCACCAUCUCCAUCAGAAAUGACGACGUGGCAAACGGCUCGCAACGGUACGAGAACAUGA